AUGUCUGAUCAAGAUGUUCGCCUAAGUUAUUACAGUGAAUUGAGAAAUAUCUACAAAUGUUAUAUUGAUUCAUAUAUUGCAUUGUAUCAGCUGAGAACGGAAAAUGAAGAAGAAUUAAGCUCGAUUUACAAUAUGAUCAAAACAAAUUUGAUUGAAUCAAAGAUUUAUCUCCCCAAAUAUACUAUAAAAGAUAUUUUAAAUAUCAUUCCGUAUAAUAAUAGGUAUGCAAAGUCAUAUUUAUCUCUUGCCAAACUCAUAUCUGAUGAAUUUCAUGUAAAUGAGGUCAACAACGUCGAAAGUAUUUCAAAUUAUCUGUUUUAUAAAGAAUACGGAAUUAAAUUAGACAAGUCUAAUGAUUUCGACAAAAUUAAAUCAGAAAAUCUCAAUAUUCAUAUAGAAAAUACAAUUUACAGGGCAAUUAUGGAUGAUAACAAAGAAAGAUUCAUCCAAUUUACGGAAAUUGAUGGAUUUGAUAAAGAUCAAAAACUCCAUAGCAAAUUAUAUCCAGUUUCUUAUUAUGGAUAUUCAUUACUUGAAUUAUGUUGUUAUCAUGGAUCUGUUGGUUGUUUCAAGUUAUUAAGAUCAAAAUUUAAAUCUGAAAUAACAUCUAAAUGUCUAGAAUUAUCAUUUUUAGGCGGAAAUCCAGAUAUCAUGAGUGAAUGUUUGAAAUAUCAAGAACCUAACUAUCAAUGCAUGGAAACAGCAAUUAUUUCGCAUAACAUUGAUUUUGUUACAUUUUUGACGAAUGAGUAUAAUAUAAAGAUCGAUUUAGAAUGUUGUGGAAUGUACAAUAAUCUCGAAUCAUUUUUAGUUUAUUUCGAUCAGACCAAAGAUUUUAACAAUUGCUUUAUUAAAUCCCCAAGUUUCAAUAUUCCAUCUUUUUGUGAAUUUUUUCUUUCAAAUGGUGCAAAUAUCAAUGAAAAAGAUAAAUAUGGACAAACUGCUCUUCAUCAUGCAGUAGAAUAUAAUAGUAAAGAAACCACUGAACUUCUUAUCUCACAUGGUGCAAAUGUCCACGAAAAAGAUUCAUACAAAUUCACAGCUCUUUAUUAUGCCGUAUUAAAUAAUAACAAAGAAAUGGUUGAACUUUUUAUUUCAUAUGGUGCAAAUGUCGAUGAAAAAGAUGAAGAUGAAAGAACUGUCCUUAUUACUGCAGUAGCUCAUGAUAAUAAAGAAAUAGCCGAACUUCUUAUUUCACAUGGCGCAAAUGUUAAUGAAAAAGAAGGAGAUGGGCAAUCCAUCCUUCAAAAUGCAGCAUAUUUUAACGCCAAAGAAACAGCUGAACUUCUUAUUUCGCACGGUGCAAAUAUAAAUGAAAAAGAUUAUUUCGGAAAAACCGCUCUUCAUAUUGCAGUAGGAAAAAAUAAUAAUGAAAUGGCCGAACUUCUUAUUUCACAUGGUGCAAAUAUAAAUGAAAAAGAUAAUGUUGGAAAAACCGCUCUUCAUAUUGCAGUAGAAAAUAAUAGUAAAGAAACAGUUGAAUUUCUUAUUUCACAUGGUGCAAUAAUCAAUGAAAAGGAUGAAUAUGGGCAAACCGCUCUUCAUUAUGCAUUAAAUUAUAAUAGUGAAAUAUCUCAACUUCUUAUUUCGCAUGGUGCAAAGAAUUAA